AUGGAAGCGUGGCCGCCUCUCGCCCCCGCGGCGGCAGCCGCCGCCACCCCGACCGCCGCCGCCUCAGACGAUGCGGCGGCUGCUCCGGCCGGUGCCGGGGCGUGGGAGCAGCGGCGACGGCGCAGCGGAAGGCCGUGGAGAAGGAGUCGGCGGCGCAGGCGUUACUGUGAUGAUCAUAUUACCAAGUUUGCCAGGGAGACAGGAGACAUCCAGACGCUUUCAGAUGUUGAUAUCAAGAUUAUUGCUUUGGCUUACAUGUUAGAAGCUGAGAUCCAUGGGACUAGCCAUUUGCGGGAGCACCCUCCUCCUUUGCGUGAGGUGAAUGUCAGAAAGCUGUCAGAAGCUCCACUGCCUGGUUGGGGCUCUAAUGUACCUAACCUGAAAGAGUGGGAAGAGUUGGAUCAGAUGUCUGAAGCUGGUGGAGAUAUCAAUUCUCGAAUACUUCCUCUGAAGGAUAUUGAGAAUCAAGAUAUCCCGAUGAGCAAGUCCAACAGUGUCUGUGAGGCACAAGAGGAUACAGAGCACCGGCCUUCAGAGAAGGAUGCACCUGUUGCAUGGGAGGAAGAUGAGAACAAUGUAGGCUGGAUGCCUGCUGUUAGCCGCAGCACCCACAGAAGAUAUUUGCGGAGGAAGGCAAGGCGUGAUGCCCUCAAGGAAUCUGGACAAAGUUUUGAGACAAGUUCUGUUGCUCCAUCAAUCGAUGAUGAUAAAGUUCUCUCUGAAAAUAGUGGAUUGGAGCAUGGUCUGACUUCAUCAGAUGGCCUUUCUUCUGUCCCUGAGAAAAUCAGUGCAAGUUCUGAUGGUUUUGAUGAACAUCAAGCAGAGAAUGACACUGAAAUUGCUGGAGAACAUUUGCAUUCUGACCAGCUAGCUUACGGUGAUGAUACUGACGCGUGCACCAAAGAAUUGGAUAACCUAGAUAUAAAAGGUGAGGAUGAGGGAGGUGAUGAUGCACAUUCCAUAGAUGAUGAGAGCAGUGAGCAGAGUUGGACCCUGAGGUCCUUAUCCGAAUCAACUGUAGCAUGUGUUACUAGUGAUUACGCCAUGCAAAAUGUCAUCCUGCAGAUUGGCCUCCGUCUCAUAGCACCAGGUGGCAUGCAGAUACGACAGAUGCAUAGGUGGGUUUUGAGGUGCCAUGCUUGCUAUAAGGUGACCCAAGAGGUUGGCAAAAUAUUUUGUCCGGAAGUGUGGCAAUGGUGGGACCUUACGGAAGUUUUCCUCCCAAUGCCCCAAGGUGGAAGAGAUGCCAUAACUAAGAACCCCAUUCUUCGUGAGGACCAACUUCCUCAGAAGGUUCUUCAUCCUAAAUCGAAGAAGUCCAGCAAGGAGGAUGAUUUCUUGGGCGUCGACGACAUAUUUUCGCACAGUGGUGAUAAGAAGGCACAACAGAAACCUCCAGUGAGGAAGGCACUCGCAAUGUUCAGUGGGAAAAGAAAUCCAAACGACAACCACUUUUCUCGCAAGAAGCACUAA